AUGGCUCUGAACCCAACACCGAUUACAUCACGCCAGGCAGUCCGUGGGAACUUUAAGCUCGCCCACAGCUUUGAGUGUAAAAGGGCGAUUGUAUCGUACCAUCGCCAUGUCUGGUGUCUUCCUGUAGGGAAUACCAACCGACUUGAAGUCAGUAAAGCGAAGGUUCCCGUCCUCGGCUCUGAAUAUGCGCCCAGAACCUGGCCCACAGACUAUCCCUAUUUCAACAGUUUGUGGGUCAAGUUCUUAGGAGCAUAUGCGGAGCGGAGAACGUGA